AGAUUGUUGAUUUCUAGUUUUUUCUACUGGGGACAAACUAUCAAAGUGCCCCAGGAAUAGAAAUAUGUGUCUUUAUUGCUCACUCUUAUGGGCUUUCACGGUAUGUGUUACUACUGCUAAAAACAACCAUGGCCUGGAAUUGCUCAGUUCUUAAAAACUGGAGGAGUUGCGAACCCUGAAUUAGAUUCAACUGAUGAGAAUCAUAGAAUAGUUGCUACAACUAAUUGGAAACUUUUGUGAAGCCAUGCAUAUUCGAGUAAAUAACAAUCGUGUGUUUGUAAUUGUCACUUUUCAGCGCCCCCAUGUGCCUCAAUUUGGCAACUGGGACAGCCAAGAAAAUGUUCCCUACACACUGUACUUCGAUAAUGCAAGGAAAGGUAGAGGUGGAAAGAUGAUAAAUCCCAACGACCCCGAGGAAAAUCCAGAAAUGUUUCGCCAGUUUGCUCCCCCAGCUCCAGCACCCUCUAAUAUAAGACCUCAAACGGAGGAACCAGUGGGACGGGGAGCUGUUAGGGCACAGCACGAGUAUCGUGGAAGUAGGGAAGAUGGUAAUUUCAGGCAAUUUGUGGAUUCUCCUGCACGUACUGAUAAUCCAGGCCGCAGGACCUCCGGUGAGUCAACUCAUCACAAUUCUGGUCGGCCAACCAGACACAGUGCAGGGUCUGAGCACAGCUUCGAGCGGUCGCCACUACAUUCACAUCACCCUGCAAAGUUAGCAGGGAAAGGUGGCACAUCUCCCGCUUGGGAUGGAAAGAGCUCGCAUGACAGCAGCCAUGGGCAUAUUUGA